UCGCCUUCAAGGAUCAGUGGCGUUUCCAGGCGUUGCUAUUUCAAGAUAGAUCCCAACUUGACCCCAAGUGCCAUCCAUGCUCACGAUGGAAACAGGCUCAGCGUUACGCCAGUAGAUUCAAACGACAAAUAAACAAAAAGGCUUGGAACGCAGUAAAUAAUUGAAAUCGACCACUAAAAGCACUCAAUACUAAUUAAUCUAUUUCUCUUUGACCAUCUCCACAAUGAGCAUUGGAGAAAAAGCAUAAGGUGAUCUCAUUAAUGGAAGAACGCGAUAUAAAGAUGACCACAAAGGAAUGAGGUUAGGACUCCUGCAACUGCCACAAUGAUAACCUAUCAUGUCGAUUUCAGUCUUUGCCGAUUGGCAGCCAUGGCAGUCUCCAAACACCUAUGGAGGCAUUCGCACUUGAAAAACGUCCUGGAAUCCUUCCUAGAAACGGGGGUCACUCGUAGAGAUGAGACAGUGCCUCGUGCUAUAACAAGUGUGAUGAAUCAGUUGAUUCUCCCUGAGCCAGCGAAAGAGGAAUUGAUGCUCGCAAUUGCAACAAUGGGAUGGCAGAUGUGUGAUGUUUUCAGCGAGUUAGAAUGGAUCUACCCUGACGUUAUUGGAGAUGUAUCAAGGCAGAAGCAUGCCCAAAUCAGUAGUUACAUGGACCGCAUCCACUGGAGGAACGAUCGAUGUUUACAUCUAGCUGAUAUAAUGAGAGCAUUGUACUACUCCAAAUGCUUCUCAGAGAAUUACACAACGUGGGUGGAGCUGUCCAGAUAUUGCCUUGAGGACUGCAUGAAUGAUCUUUGGCCAAAACUAUCGGAGAUGGAGCAGUCGGUUAGUUGGAGAGAUUUACACGAUAUCAUCCAUGAUCUUGGCUUUGAUAAAAAACAUGAAUGUGACUAUAUUCUCCAAAUUUAUUGGGUCGCUCGUAUGAAGAAUGAGCUCCCCAAUGCAACAGGUGCUUCAUUUCGAGUAUGGAAUGCAAGUUAUUAUGAUGGGGUUAGUUCGCUUUCAGAGGUUAUAAUUGUCAAUUCAUUUGUCAGUGGCAAUUAUCAGGCACUCCAAUAUUUUUGGAAAUUAUUGGAUGACAAACAAAGAGUGAGAACAAUUACGAAUAUUGGUCACAUAAUCAAUCAUGAAUAUUCCCAUGGUGCUAACACUUUUCUUCUGAAAGAGAAAAGGGGAGGGAAUUACUUCCUUUCAUUCCUUUUUCAGCAGCUAUCUUUUUAUCAUCUCGAUGACGUGAGGAUCGGAUUAUUGCGUUGGGGAUUUGUGCUGCGACAGAUGUUGAACUGGCCUCAUGAUAAUCGAUUUUUGGCGCUGCUCAGAGAAUCGUUGCUCUAUCACGAUUCCAUUGAUUACGGUCCAAUAUUCGUAGGUAUUUUUAACAAUAUCGAUGACCUGCACCAAUUCAUUCAAUAUGAUGUGAAGUAUCAUAGGAUUUUCUGUGAAAUUUGGACGAUGAAUCCGAAGAAUUUGAAAAAGUCUAUCAAUGACGCUGAAGCCUUGGGGUUAUUAGAAAAAUUGAAGAACGUGCGAUUAUACAAUUACAUCUUAGAGGAUGAAGAAUUAAAGGGCAUGAGGAAGACGUUGUUGAAUAAGAUAAUGGAUGGGUGGCGCAGCAUUGACUCUCAUUUUGAGGAGGAAUUCAUCGCAAAAGUUCUUGUCUCUCAAGAAGAACGAGAGUGGUUCAAGUAUCAAAUCAGUUGGCUUCCGGGAACUAGGAGAAGGCUGGAGUGAGGGCCAGGGCUCUGUUUUUAUCAAAAAAUUAUCUGAAUCAAUGUAACGUGAAGUUAUGUUUGUCCUUGGGCUUGAAAAUAAUUCAGAUAUUUGAAUCAAUUAAACAGUGAAUUUUCCAACUGAAAUUGAAUUUAUACUCCAAGCAAUAUUUGUUUUCAUUUAUUGAGCUCUAAUUUCCUGUAUUGGAAAACUAUAUAAGAUGUUCCAACAUUCUCAUCGUAAGUUGAAAAGUGUGAAAGACAGCGAGAUUCUCAUUCUAAUUUCUUCGAGUUUUGGAUCGUUUUUGUGAUUUGAAUCAUUUUCAUUAAAGAACAGGAAACAACCUUGUAAUUUCUCCAG